CAAGUCGGCCAGCUCCGAGCUGUUGGGGCGGAAUACCGGGUCCCUUUCUCAGUCCCCAGAACCUUUCCCUGGAAAGGGCCAGCGCCAACCCCCAGGUUAACUGAGAACAGAACCAAAGCAGUAGGAAGAGAUCAUCAUGGGAGUCCGGUCCAGCCUCUGGCCAGGAUGUGAUUUUUUGGCUUCUAGUGCCCAGGCCCUCACCUUUCUUGCCUGCCACACUCGUGCAGCCCCACAGCGGAGGUUCCCAUUUCUACAAAACUGCUCCCAUCAGUAAACCAUUCGACCUCAGGGCUGUCAAGAGGCUCAUCUAGAAGAUCAGACGUGCUGGAGUACGAGGAACAGUUUAUUUCAGGUGUUGGGAUGGACAUCCUGUUGGAGCGCAAGGGAAGAGCAGCGAGACCCCAGGUCUAGCCCAGCUCAAGUGCAAAUUCCAGUACCAGCCCUGUCAUAGACUGAGCCCCAUCCUUGUGCAUAACCUAAGCCCUGAUCCUAGACACAGGCUGAGCCCUGAUCUCUAGCUCUUGAUUGAGCUUUCUCUGCAAAAUUGUUCUUGAUCGGCAGGGGCUUGAAUGGGGAGAGUGAGCAUGUGCUCAUCUCCCACCACUGGAGCCUGAACCCAGAGCCCUUGCCCGGUGGUGUGCAGUGGUCUUCAGGCAUGUUUCUGUCCCUCAUCCCUCUCCUGUCCCUGGGAGCUCCUGCUUUGACCAUAGCUGUUAAGCCGGCCUCAGAGCUGAGAGAAUCUUCAGCCCUGCCCCCAGCUUUGGCCCCAGCCUCGCCUAGACUGGCCUGGCCUGGCCAGGAGGGGCGCUGAAGGGGCCGGGAGAUGAGGACCCAGUGUCCUAGGGUGUGAGUGGCCUUUGCUCUUGGACUGGAGCCAUCAGAAAUCAAAUCUUCCUGGCCCUGAGGGUGCCUGGGAAGGGGGCGGACCUGCCAGCCUGCGCAGAGGUUGGGGUUUCUGCAAUCACUCCCUCCUUUGUGGAACACUGACAUCUCCGGAGGCAGAGGCUUCCUGGCAUCACCAGGGGGAUCCGAGCGGAGUCUUCCCUCUGCCACCUUGCAUCUGGUCCUGGAGGCUUGGCAGCCUGAGCCGGAGCCAUCAGCAUGAACGGGCAGUGGCUUCCAGCCGCUGGGCUUCUCCUGGCUGCUGUCCCGGUGGUCUCGGCUUCCGCCCUGCCCCGUCUUCCUCCUCACAAAGACCUGGGUCCAUCUCCCUUGGCUUCUGGCACAUCUGCUUUGCAGGGGGACAGCAAGAAGAUAGUCCUCCCAUCAUUAAACGCCUUGGUGACAGUCCUCACUGGAGUCUUUCCCGCAGCCAAGAGGCCAGGGGAGGCUCCUGGCAGGAAGGGAGGAGCCCUUUUUCCAGAGGCACCUGGGGACCAGCAGGCUCUUCUAGGCUCGCUCCUGGACUUGCCUCUCCACUCGGACCAGCCUGCCCCUUUGGGAACCACUGUGGUCUCAGGCAGGGCCACACCCAGACCAGCUCCAUCAGCAGUGGCUGAGCCUGCAGCCCACAGGGCCCCUGAGUCCCAGCCAGUGUCCUACGUGGCUGGACCUGGAGAGGAGAUCUUGGUCACCGGGUCUCCAGAGAUAGCUGCCAUGUCACCAGCGCCAUCAGGGGCAAGCAACUUCAGCCCAGGGGCCGCCCCACUUCUGACAUUGGCUCCAAAGGCCCCAGAGAAGGCCGUGUCCUCAGCACCCCAGGGCCCACUUGCGUUUACAUCGAUCAGUAACACGUUGGCUGCCACAGAGCCUCUUCUCCCUGUAGCAACAGUGUGGUCAGGGCUGGACACGGCCUCCACAGCGCUCACAGCGGGCUCAGGCUCACCCAGAAGUGGUCUGGCGUCCAGUCUGGGCCCAGCACCCAGCGGUCCUUCAGUGUUGCCAUUGCCCUCAGCGGUACCCUCUUCACAGUCGUCAUCAGCAUCGCUGCCACUGUCGUCCCCACCCUCAUCCCUGUCACCUGCACUAACGUCACCAUCACCAGUCCUGGCCCCAGUUUCCCCCUUCACCACCGGAGCCAGAACCUCUCCGGAGAUGCUUCUGCAUCUGAGCUCCCACCUCCAACCUCAGGCCUUAUCUUCAGUGUUUCCAGCGUCCCACCUGCCCUGCCACCUCUGGUGGUUACAGGGAUGGCUGCUCUUCAGUGGACAGUCCAGCCUGGGCCGAUGGUCCCUGCCAACCCAGCCCCCUUGACCACCCACUCCCUCGGAUGUGCCUCUGGCCUUCCCGCCGGCUGCCCCAGCAUCCCUGGAGGUGCCGCCUCCUCCCAGUCAUCUUUCCUGCCUCACCCCGGCCAGGCUGUCUCAUUGCAGGACUCAGGUUCCCCCUCCCCAGGACCCAGUUGAGUGACUCACUCUGUGACCUUCACGAUCACCAAUGAAGCCUUCUCAGCGGCGCUCGGGAACCCUGCCUCCCUGGAGUACCAGCUGCUGAGUGAAAACAUCCGACAUCAGCUCCAGUCCAUCACGAGGCCUUCUCCAGCUUCAAGGGUGUCGGUGUCCUGCUCUUUAGGUAAGUGAGCGAGUCUUUCAGGGUCCACCACCUGCCUGCCAGCCGGUCUGUGUCUUCUCAGGCCGCAAGAGCACUUGCCCAGGCUGCCCCGCCGUGCCCAGCCCCACCAAGGCCAGAAGCACCUUAGGGGCCAGGAAAAGCCCUGAGCGGGCGGGCAGGAGGCCCACAUCUGGUUCUGCCCCUGGCUGCGUGACCUCAGGUGACCUCCUGCCUGCUCUGAGCCCCAAUUCCAGGUGCAGAAUUUGGGCAGGGAUGCCAGGCAUUGCCUGAAUGUGGUGGGAAAGGCAGAGGACUUCCCUGGGGCCAGGAGCCCAUAAAUGACAUGUAAACAGAUGCAAAUCCCCUUUCUGGUUCUGAGCCCCUGGGGAUACUGGGGGGACCUAAAGCCAGAUUUGCAAGCAGAUGCCAGCCCUGCAAUCUCAUAAAAAAGGUUGAGAAGGUCCAAAUCAUCACAUGUGAACUGUGAGCUUGGUGUAGACCUUGAUAGAGGCUUGAUUAUACCUAGUGACGGGAUUUAGAUCGCCAGGGUUAAGGGGUUGCCCAGAGAACACCACCACUAUCUUUCCAGGCCUUGAGCCAAGCUGGUUAGAAAGUUUCCCCUUUUAAUGAACUGAAAUCUCUCUCUGAAUUCCCUGCCCUGGGUCUGAACAGAAGCUUUGUCUCCCCAGCCCCA